UUUAAGGAUGUAAAAGGUACGGUGAAAGGUACGGUGAAAGGUAAUGGGCUUCAAGAAAGACAAGUUCGAUGAUAUUGUAGAGACAGUGCCUCUUCUGGAUGUUGGAGACACAGCUAAAGUUGUUAUCGAACUCGAGGAGAAGGAUGAGGAUGAUCUCUUCUUUGAGGACACAUUUAAUGAGGUAAACCCAAAGAAUAGGAUAGCACAAUGGCCGAGCGAUGCUGUGAUGUUAAUAAUAACUCACGCUCAAAUAUUCCUCCUCCUCUUCUCCUGGUCCCUCAACCUCAAGACUCCCUGGUCCUAUCAGUUCACUGCAGCCUUCUCUUGGAUGCUGUACGUGACAGACUAUUGGAGCUGGUAUAAGAUAGAGUCAGCAGGGUUUAAUGUGACAGUGUGGCCUACUGAUAGCGGUUACGCGAAUAGUGAGAACAUUCCAACGGAAUACUACAUCCUGACUAUGGGUAUCAGCAUUACUGUGGUUACCCUCAUAGCCAUGUUCUCUGUGUUCUACGUCUUCGUGUCGUGGUCAACUAGUGGCGAAGAGAAUCACAUGAAGUAUUUGGCGUAUUUAAGAAAGUGGUUUGUGUAUGUACUGGAGCUGGCAGUUCUACCUUUUGGUAUUCUAGCUGUGAGGUGGUGGUGGUGCCGAUAUAACGGCUCUGAUACAAGAAGCCCGAACCCACUACACAACGCAACAGACGUGAAGCCCAGUGAGACCUGUCUUAUCUGGAACCGUGACAUGUGGACUUUAGUUCACGCUUUGUACCCAGUGUUGAUACUACUGGCAUGGUGCGCGGUUCCUGUCUACAUCUUUGUCAAAAACAAGAAACACGUGUUCACUGAUAUAACAAUAGAGCACGAGGGUUACAUCCUACUAAAGGAGACAGAGUACGUGUACGGUAUUAACGAAGAGUGGUUACUCAGUGGUUACUACUUGCUGUCCUCUUUCAGACGCAAGUUUGUUUAUAUGAGGUGCUACGUAUUUGUGGUUAAGUUAAUGUUGAUAAUUGUGUAUGGAGCAGUAUUUGAUUACGAGAAACUUCAAGCAUUCCUUUUUACGGGCAUCUUCUUCGUUCUCAGUGGUUUGGUGAUGGUUGGUAGACCCUACAGAAUCAUGUCUUUUAACGUCAUGCUCUUCCUAUCCCUCUUUGUUCACUUCUGCAAUGCUUUUGUUGGCGUCUGUAUCGAGAUGGAUACGAGGAACGCCUUUAUUCAAGAGGAUUUUCUGUACGCUGAGAUGAUAAUGCUGAACGGCGGGUUCUACGUCCUCUGUGCUGUGUGGUUCACUUUCCUCUUCAUGAGGUGGAACAAGAUAGUCUUGAGAACACAGCGCCCGCUCUGGCCUAAUCUCACUAAAACUAACGCUGUUAAACGAGAUAUAGACGAAACAACCAGGAAGUACUUAGUGUCAAUAAUCCGAGCUAACUUGACGUUACAAGAGACUUACAACACAAUACCCUUACUAGCACCUGCUCACGAGCUUUCCAGGAGGAUCAAGAUACUUAACGCGUACUGUAGAGAAGCUAUGUUGAUAGAUCACGUGUUCCAACACACCAUGUGGGAUAUCACGGACUCACUGAUACAAGCUCACACUGCUGUCUUUAAAAAGAGCAUCUUCAGCGACUGUUCCCUUCACGGGUCAAGGGAGUCAGCCAGGCAGUUGUACGCCAUGUUACCGUGUUUAGCUAAACGUCUCAAACAGAGAGAUGAGGAUCUGAUCCUAAUGUCCAGAAAACGUAGACGUAUCCUGCUGAAGAUGUACACUCUCAGUGUGUUCCUCUCCAAACAUGCUGACAGAGUGAGACGAGAGCUAGCAGAAGCAAAAGAUAACAAGGGAUACGACACUGACAGCGAAUUUGAAGACGACGAUAUACCCAGACAGGAGAAUUUCUCAGAGCCAGGACUGUUACAACUUAAUGACUCGCUGCUAAUGGACGACAGUCUGGUACUAACUGACAGUUCAACACACGAAACAAGUGAAACAGUACCCGAUAUUGAGGAUCAGACUCCUCCCAAUGUUGCAGUGAACUCUUCUUUUGUGGAUGGGUCCUCUUCAAAUACGAUGAAUCAGUCAUUCGUCUCGAGUAGGGGGACUCCUUUCAUUGGAGAUAACAAUAGCUUUGAUAGGGAUGUUUCAGCACUGCUGGAUGACAGCGUCUUUAAAGAUCCAGGUGGACCUCAAACUUCCACCCCUCAGAGGACCAAAAGAUCGUCAUACGCAGGAGUGCAGCAACCAGACGGCCAUUUAUCACCUUCAGUUGAACGACCCUCCACAUCGCCUUAUCACAACAAUAGACAAGUAUUGUCGUUCAGAAAGUUUGAUGAUAAAGCUAACUGAUCUAGCUUGUUGUGGGGGUUUAACAUCUUCUUGUCAUGAGACUCACCAGUUGAUAAUUCGCCAGAAACUUUUAUCCUGACGAAUGUUCUCGUGUGCACUUUUUUGGUCGCACACAAAAUCUGUAUUAAUUGUAGCCCGCGAUGUCAGAUUUGUUAUUGUACUGGAAAUUUCUGCAGCUAGUACAGUGGCGCGCGCUUUGAGUUCGCAUGGUUUAAGCCGCGCGACCUGGAAUAAUCCUCUGUUGCCAUGGUUACGUGACAUCCCAUGUUGUGUUUAUGGUCGACCAACAGGGCGAUGAAUCCCAACACUGCAUGUUAGCGAUCAAGGUGGCCUUCUGAUUGCAUCUGAUCAUAAGGUAAAACGUUGAUAUCUUACACACUUUAUUAUCCACAUCUUCGGACGCAAGAUAAAUCUUCGCAUAAGAAUUAAGACAUUUCUGAUUACACAAAUGAAGCCCAACGAGAACUUCACAGAACUUGACGUCCAUUGAGCAUACGCUGCACUUUCGUAUACCGAGACGCUACAAUAAGCAGUCAUAAACUUAAGGAAAUAAUUGAUACUGUGUGCGAACUAAUUUCAUUUUUAUUUUCACCUCAGCGGAUGCCUGCAUUGCUAUUAUUUUCAUUCGUCAGACCUGAGAUUAUAUAACAUUUUAAGUUUAAAGUAUUUGUUAAAUUUUAAUUAUCGUGUAAUUUUUAGGUUCAUUUCAAUUUGUAGUUUUUCAAUUAUUGUGUAGAAUUUUGUACCAUAUUUGAGCGUGAAUGUGAAAAACAUUAAACAACCACAAUUCACUGCGAUAAUCUGAUAUGUGAUAUGUUGUAGAGUAACUGAUUCAUUAAAGUUUAAUGUCAAUUAAAUUAUUUGACUUAUAAUUUCUGAAAUUAUUCGUUGUUGUUAAUGAUCAUAAGUACUUUAAUACAUAUUUUUUAUCGAAUGAUUAUUUUCAAUGAUUCAUAGUUUUAACUUAUUUACAGAAGAUCUC